ACAAGAGGAAGUAAAAGCGGAAGUAGAGGAGGAGGAAGCAGUAGUAGAAAAAGAACAACAGCAGCAGCAACACAGGAGGAAGUAUACACUUCAAAUUGUAGUUUCAUCUGCUCUGGAGUCCUGCUGAGGUUCACAGCAGUUUUGUAGAUUGCAGCCGUCAGGUGAUGAGAGACUAGCUGAACGUCAGCGGAAUAAUGGAGGAUGACUGCCGGCCUCUGCUGAGCUCAGAGCAGACUGGAGAGAGCUACUCACACCGAGGCUCUGUAGAUUCUCUGGACGUCAAGGUUAAAAGACCUUUCCAUGUGGAGCCCAGGAAUAUUGUAGAUGAUGACCCACAGGAGAGAGUGUCUGCGGAGGCUGCCAUCCUCAACAACAGAGUCCAUUACUAUGGCAGACUAACAGGCUCUUCUGACAGACUGUUGAGUCCUCCAGACCAUGUCAUUCCUCGGCCAGAGGAGAUCUACAUCUACAGUCCACUGGGGACAGCUUUUAAGGUUACAGGCAGCGACCAUGCCUCUAAAAAUCCCAGCAUCAUUACAAUAUUUGCUAUAUGGAACACAAUGAUGGGCACGUCAAUACUUAGCAUGCCUUGGGGCAUUAAGCAGGCUGGUUUCACUCUGGGGGUCGUCAUCCUCAUUUUCACAGGCCUGCUGAUGUUGUACUGUUGUUACAUCGUCCUCAAAUCACCAAAGGCAAUAUCCUCCGUGGACACAUCCAACUGGGAAUUCCCUGAUGUUUGUCGGCACUACUUUGGAAAGUUUGGUCAGUGGUCCAGCUUGGUUUUCUCAAUGGUGUCACUUAUUGGAGCCAUGGUGGUCUACUGGGUCCUCAUGUCCAACUUCCUCUACAACACAGGACAGUUUAUCUACAACCAUGCUCACAAUGUCAGCGUGUCAGACUCAGAAUUUGGAACCAAUGGCUCAGAUAGAGUCAUCUGUCCAUACCCAAGCACUGACCCUGGAAGGAAUGAUACCAUCAACAUACUUUAUCUCAGCAGCAGUGGAAAUGAUACCUCUGAUGGCAGCUCUUUUGAGCACUAUUGGAGUAAAACCAACACCGUCCCUUUCUACCUCAUCAUUCUGCUGCUUCCAUUGCUCUGCUUCCACUCAGCUUCGUUCUUUGCAAGAUUCACCUUUUUGGGCACCAUAUCAGUGAUCUACCUGAUUGUGCUGGUUACUUUUAAAGCUGUCCGCCUUGGUUUCCACCUAGAGUUCCACUGGUUUGACUCAACCCAGUUCUAUGUUCCAGGUAAACCUUUGUUUAGACUGCUCUUCCCUCAGCUGACUGGUGUCCUAACUCUGGCAUUCUUUAUUCACUGCAUUAUCACCCUAAUGAAGAACAACAGGCACCAAGAGAACAAUGUAAGGGACCUGUCUGUGGCUUAUCUUCUAGUGGGACUGACCUAUCUGUAUGUGGGAGUGUUGGUUUUUGCUUCCUUCCCCUCACCCCCUCUCUUCAAAGACUGUAUCGAACCAAACUUCUUAGAUAACUUUCCCACCUCUGACAAGAUGGUGUUUGUGGCUCGGACCUUCCUGCUUUUCCAAAUGAUCACAGUCUACCCUCUGCUGGGAUACUUGGUGCGGGUCCAGAUAAUGACUCAGAUCUUUGGAAAUCAAUACCCCAGUUUCUUUCAUGUUCUGACACUGAAUGUCUUAAUUGUUGGAGCUGGUGUCCUGAUGGCCAGGUUUUAUCCCAAUAUCGGAUCCAUUAUACGGUUUUCUGGAGCAACAUGUGGAUUGGCUUUAGUUUUUGUAUUUCCUACUUUAGUCCACAUGAUCUCCUUGAGACGCCAGGGGAGGCUCAGCUUGCCCUCAGCCCUCUUCCAUAGUUUCCUGAUCCUGCUGGGUGUGGCAAACUUGAUUGCUCAGUUCUUCUUGUAAGAAGCAGUACCUUAAUUGUUCAAAGGGAAUAAUAGUACAAAAAAAAAUCAGAUUGCAAACUUAAAGUUUUGAAUUCAUAUUUUGAAUCAUAUUUAAAAUAUUUUAUCAAAUGACCAUGUAGCUCGAGCAGUGAUGUACCUGCAGAGAAUACUGGUCUGGCUGAAACAUUACUGUUUUGUUUCACUCUUACCUGUCUCAUAGUGAUGUUUUGGCCACCGCUGUUACCAGAGAAAAAAACGGUUAAAGCCAGCUGUACACUACCUCCUCAUCACAAAAAGCAGUCUAACAACACAGACUUAACAUACAAGCAUAAUGGAGCAUUUAGCAGCUAAAGGGGUAGAUUUUGGCCUCAGGAGUUGGUCGAGGCCAGAGACAGGUUUAAAGAGAAGAAUAUUGGACUUAAUAGCAGUUCAAGUAAAUACCAAUGUUGUUUAUGAUUUAUGGAUGUUGAAAUAUGCAGUUGUUCAUCAUUUGAACUUGAAAGAGAGAGGGAUAUGAUAAUGGUGUCCACAUCUUAUCUUUACUGCCCCCAAGUGGUAAGGAGCAUCUGUUAUUGCAGGUUUAAAUUUGUCACAUAAUUUGAUAGAACCAGACUUUAUGAAGUUGUAUAAUGCUGAGACCAGAUAAUGAAAUUGAUAACAAUUUAAUAACAAUCAAUCAAUAACUUUAAUUACCUGUAGCUAUUUAUUUUUGAAACAGAUGUGUUGUUUGGGAAUAAACUUUUGACAAUCUUUUCAAUUUUUAUGAUCAGUGUUGAUUUACAUGUUAGACAUAUUUACGUGAUGCCUUUUUUCUAGAUUCUGUGCCCAUUGAGUUGUAUUUUACUAAUGAUAGAAUAGACAAAGGGAAUAUGUGCGUGCAAUAAACCAUCUCAAUCUAUAAA